GGCAUAUAUCCCUGUGUGACACGGAGACCAGCAAAGCGGUAGCAGCCUGUGGCCAUGUUGGAUUCGAACACAAGUAAUGUUUGAAGCAGUGAUCAUUUAAAUCAAUAUUUGUCUGAAACAUUUCACCAUGUCUUCAAUGACCACAAGAGCACGCUCAGUGGAGCGGCAGGCCAGUGUAAUGUCAGACGGAGGCAGAAGAAUAUUUACUACUAGUGACUCCAUUGACAGUAUUGUUGCUGAGUUGCUGAGUGGGGAAAAAUAUGCAGCUAGCUGCCAACUUGCUGGCUUGCCAAAAACUAACCAAGAGGAAAGCAUCUUGUACGAAACUGUGGUUUCAAGGCCACAAUCUUUAUGUAACAAUACAGAUGAGAGCAAUUGCGAGAACUGCAAAUCGUAUUUUCCAUUGCUGAAAAGCUUCAUUCUGCACUUGGAAAGUUGCCACAAAAACAAAGUAUCAAGGUAUAGAUGUGAACUGUGUACGGUGGAGUUCGAUAGCGCACUCACGCUUGCAAUGCAUUCACUCUUACAUGUUGCUGGAAAGAACAUAAUACGAGAAGGCGUGGAGAACAGUUGUACGUUAGCAGUGCCAGCACAAGAUCCUCACUCUCAGAGCGAUUCGCCUGCCAACGAGCAGUGCUCAGGCUCAAAUGAAAGUGGACAGAUUGCUGGAAACCCUUUAAUAUCUAACCUGCUUGAAAACGUCUCCGUGCAGCCUGGAACUGCAACAGAGAAUGUAAGCUCCUCCUUCCGAGUAACACGGAGAAGAGGAAGGCUUCAGAGAAGUGUUGCCCAGGAAACAGUUAUUGAGUCACCGCCAGAUUCAAGAAGCCAAGUAGUUGCAUCGGAUAAAGAUGGCGAUGCUGGAUUCCAACCCUCUUUUGUAAAUCUCAGCUCUGGCGUAGACAUUGCCACCAGCAACCGAAUAGGCCAAGUUGUUUCUGCUUUGCUGCCUGCGUUGCAAGAAAGGCUCUGCGAAGUCUCUCAGCCUCAGCCUGAUAUUCAGUUAACUGAUGAUGUCAUCAGACCAAGAGGAUCUGGUACCCCCAUUCAAAAUAGCGAAGGCCUCAAAAGAGACAUUCAGUUUGGAAUGGAACAAGAAAAAAACUACCAAGAGACGUUGAAGAAGGAAAUCGUAGAUGCGUCUUCCGUUGUGGGGAUAGCUGUCUCCCUUGAAUGUCAAAGCCAUGUUCCUAGCUCGCAAGAAGACCAUCCAGAGGGAAUAGGAGACCAACAUUCGGACAGUUUUUCAGAACAAAAAGCACAGGCAAAAGCAAAUGCACGAAAGAAAAGAAAUGCAAGAAACCAAUGCAUAGUUUGCCUGGAGACCUUUAUUUCCAAAGAAUUGCUCCGAAGUCACCGAUAUUCUCAUGGUGAUCAAGAUAAAUGGGUUUGUCCUGAUUGCAGUAGAGAGUUUUCUAGUCACUGGAAGUACCAGGACCAUUGCCUAAAAGUGCAUGAUAAUAAAAAGCCGUUCAAAUGCGAUCAAUGUGACAAGUGUCUUUCCUCAUUCACAAUAUUGGCGACGCAUAAAGGGCUUCAUUCCGGAGCUAGGCCAUACGAGUGUGAAUUGUGUGGAAAGCGAUACUUAGUUGCUGCUGGGCUUAAGGAUCAUAUGACUGCGCAUAAGAAUCAAAGGGAGCACCGGUGCCCUGACUGCGGAGCCGGCUUCAAUGCUAAGGGUGAUCUGAAGAAACACAUGGUGACGCACAUGGCAGAGAAGCCUCACUGUUGUCCUGUCUGCAACACAGGCUUCAAUAGGUCUGCCUCCCUUAGGCGACACAUGAGGUCCCACACGGGGGAGAAGCCAUUCAAGUGUGAUUUAUGCGAAAAGGCCUUCAGCCGAAAGGAAAAGAUGCACGAGCAUCGUAGAACACACACAGGAGAACGCCCUUUGGUCUGCACCACUUGCGGAAAAGCAUUCAAAGAUUCUAGCAAUUUUAGCAACCAUAAGAAAAUCCAUUUGGCUGGUUACAUUCCCCGUAAACGCAAGCGCAAUGCUAGCAGCAGACCGGAGAACAUUAACUCCGUAGUAAUCCCACACAGUCAACCAACAACAUCAGCCUUAGUAACUGACAUGAACCCGGCACUUGCAAAUUUGAUAAGCCAUAAGGCUAAUUCUGAGGCCAUCACUGGGAAGGAUAAUACACUUAAGGAAUUUGCCACAAUUUCCACCACACUCGAGGACCUUCAGUCAGCUGGACAGGAAUGGCUUCGUCAUGUUCUUGCCGCUAAUUAUGAUCAGAUAGACAUCCGUAGUUUGAUUAAUGCGCAGGCAGGCGUUGCUGUUCCAGGGAGCAUAUUUAACCUUUCUGCAGAUGAUGUAAGGUCAUUGCAAACGAUCAUCAAUGGUGUACAAACGAGAGGUGCUAGUGGACCAGUCCAAAACCGUUCUCAAGUCAGAGAAAAUUCAAACUUGACUAUGAGUGAUGAUAGCAGUAUAGAUGUGGAUAGCCAGAAUAUGGAUGCACUGGUGAAUGUCACUGCUGAUAACAUGCUUUACAUUGCCAUGAAUAGAAGUCCACAAACUCCAGAGGCUCCAGUUUAUCAGAAGGAGACAUACAUUUGUGGUGGGUGCAAAUUGUCUUUCAAAACAUUACGAGCCUUGAAUAGGCAUAGAUGUAACCAUCCAAAAAAGAUGCGCAAAGAUGAGAAAGAGGCAGAAAGUCCUGUUGAGCAGCAGCCAUUUGAAGCACCUGUAUCCGGUGAUAGAAGCACUAAAGUCCUUGAUCAAGAAAUACAACAAGCAGGCAAGUUAAAAGUGACCCAAAAUUCAUAUCAGUGUUCUGAUUGUGGAAAGACCUAUGUUAAACAGAAUUGCUUCAGGAAGCAUGUGGCAAACCACAAGGGCAAGAAACCCUGGCAAUGCUUUCGUUGUGGCAAAGAAUUAAAAUCAGCAAUUAAACUCAAGGAGCAUUGUCUGGAACAUGGGAUAUCAAAGCCUUUUAAAUGCUCAAAGUGCUCGAGUUUCUUUGCUACCAUUGAAAUAUUGCGUGUCCAUGAUCGCACACACACAGGCGAACGACCAUUUAUUUGCAAAGAAUGCGGAAAGUGUUUCAAACAGAGCAGCAAUCUGCAGGACCAUUUACGUAAACACAAAAAUGAGAGAGCCUUUAUCUGUGGCACUUGUGACAAGUCUUUUAAUCUCAAAGGAGACCUGACAAAACACUUGCUUCUUCAUAGUGGUGCAAGGCCCUUCAGCUGCGCGUAUUGCGAGAAAUCUUUCCCAGGUGUAAGCAAUUUGAACAGACAUAUGGCAACCCAUACAGGAUUAAAACCCUUUACUUGCUCGAAUUGUGGCAAGUCCUUUGCACGAAAAGAGAAGCUGAAAGAGCACGAGAGGAUCCACACAGGAGAAAGACCAUUCACUUGUGACGUAUGUGGUAAAACUUUUUCAGAUUCAGGAAACUUUUCAAACCACAAAAAAGGCCAUCUUGCUCCUGAAUCUGCAAAAUGGAGGUUAUAUCCAAAAAAGCAACGCUCGGCUUCUUUAGAGAGCUCUUUAAAUACCCACGAAGAUGGCACAUCUGAGCAAGGCACUUCCAAUGGAAGCCUAGUUAACUCUAAUGAUUUUAACCAAAGGCAGGUAACUUUUUCGCUUCCAAACAACUUGCUAUGUCUUUUAGGCCAGCCGAAUACAAGUGCCAUGUUAUAUUGUAUUGCUAAACCAGUUCAAGAAAUUUUACCAAAAAGCUCUGGCCAAUCAGCGGAAAACCAGCCUUUUAUGUUGCAGCUUCAAAAUUUAUCUGAAAAUUUAAAGCCGUUUCCAGAUACUUGUGAUGCAGAAGGAACUUCACUGGAAAGUUCAGGUGCUGAUUGCAGUAACCAGGAACAUGCAGGAACUGAGAUGGAAGUCUCUUUAACAAUUGAACCCAUGAAGGUUGAUUCAACUGUGCUUAAAACUGGUGGUGAUGAUGAUAUCGAAGGAACGAGUUCCUUCCUUUACGAGUCACUUUCACCCUCUGAUUUGAGUUCUGGAAAUAAAGCGUUUGAAACUCCAAGCAAAAUUUUGUCAGAAUUACGGCCGAUUUUCAAUGACAGUGUUCUCAAAAGCCUUAAAAGUCCAUGCAAGGUGAUAUCUUCAGACAGCAUUCUUACCCCAGUCUUGCAGAAAGACUUACAAAUUAUUUCCACCGGCCAAACAGGCAAAUCUGGGGCAAUCAGUUCUGCUGUUUUGGCGCUGAUUGAUGCCAGCACAGAGAAUGCUGACCAUGAACAGCCUCAGAGCGGUAUAAAUGGAGAUUCGGGGAGUGAAGCUCCAGUCGACCUUGUGGAUGAUUCAGAAGAGCAGCAGCCUUCAACGUCAUUCUCAAAUUACCACCCGCAGAACUUCUUGCAAACUUUUGGCCUGAGUGCCAGUAGCGAGCUGCCAGAGCACGUUUGUGCGGCAGUAUUAACCUUAAAUGAUCUAACGAAGGUGGAAGACACCCAGGGCUACAGUCUCCACCCAGCUUACAUCAUGACUACAGACAUGGACAAUGAGGUCAGGAGAAGUGUGGAGAAGUUGCUUGCCACACCCACAAAGAUGCUCCCUGAAGAAGAUGGUAGUUUGAUUACUGCAAAAGCCUUUUCUCAAGUACUCGUAACUCCUGAUCAUUCUGCAAGCAAGAAGCAUUCUGUCAUUGACAGAAGUAAAGUGAAACCGCGGGCAUUGCAGCUUUAGUUUAACAAUCUUCAAGAAACAGUAGCCGUUAGUUGUUCAAGCUCAUAAAUGUUGCGAAAGAUUGCAAAGUAAAGGCCUGGUGCCAUUUUUUUCAAAUCGCAACGUGAGGACAAAUUAUCAGCUAAAUUUUGGUUCAAUCAAUAAAGUGCUAUGUUGAUUUUGAAGUUUUAACUUCUUUUUAUUAGAAAGAGUUGUUUAAUUGUC